UUCAAUUUGAACCUUAUUUUUAAAAUUUUUAAUCCGUAGUUAUUUAUCAUUGAAAUUUUAUUAGUACCUGUAAAUAAUUGUACAUAAUAAUCCACCGUUUAAAGUAACAAAAUUAUUCUUUAAGAAACAUGGCUGAAGAAGAAUCAAAUCCCAAACCUUCAUAUCCUUUGAAAGUGUUUUAUUGCGGUAACUGUUCACUUCCGCCAGAAUACUGUGACUUUUCCUCAGACACUGAUCGUUGUCGGGAAUGGCUUGAAAAGUAUUUACCUGAUGAGUUUAAUAGAAUUAUGACUUGUAGUGGGACUGCCGGAGGUGAUGACUCUGAUGAGAAAAAACGUCAAAAACGCGGUGGAAAAGGUAUGGUUAAGUCAAAGAAGAAAGAUGAUGGGCCCAAACAAGUAUGUUUAUCCAGAGCACCAAGGGGCAAAAAGAAAUCUGUUACUGUUGUAACUGGCUUGAGUACAUUUAACAUUGAUUUAAAAGUUGCCGCUAAAUUUUUCGGUUCUAAAUUUGCAUGUGGAUCGAGUGUGACAGGAGAGGAUGAAAUUGUCAUACAAGGUGAUGUCAAAGAUGAUCUGUUUGAUAUAAUACCUGAAAAAUGGCCUGAAGUUGAUGAAGAUUACAUUGAAGACCUUGGAGAUCUUAAACGGUGAUCACAACAAAAUGUAUUUAUUUUCAAUGUGAAACUAACUAUUCAGCCAUUGAAGUUUUGUUUGACUUAAGUCAAUUGAAUAAUCUUCGUUGUUGUCACCCUGAAUAUUUAAAUGUAUGAAACCAAUAUAUUGUUAUUGGAUAUAUUAUACUAUUUCCAAUCACCUAAUUGUUA